UGGUGACUCUCUCACUCUAUGACUCGCUGCUCAUUAUAUAUUCCCUUUUUAUGCUAUUAAAAUAUUCAAGUAACUUGAACUCUGGAAAUUGAGUUGGUAAAGAAGAGAAAUGGCGAGCUCGGUUGAGGAAGCCAACGAAUUCGUGUGCUUGGAACUCCCUGCUCCUUCUGGCUGGAAGAAAAAGUUUAUGCUCAAAAAAGGAGGUACACCAAAGAAAAAUGAAAUCAUAUUCACAGCCCCAACAGGAGAGGAGAUCACCAGCAGGAAGCAAUUGGACCAGUACCUCAAGACCCACCCUGGGGGUCCUCCAAUAUCAGAAUUUGACUGGGGAACUGGUGAAACCCCAAGAAGAUCAGCAAGGAUCAGCGAGAAAGCAAAGGCAACUCCGCCACCAGAGAGAGAGACUCCGAAGAAAAGAAGCAGAAAAUCUUCUGCUUCAAAGAAGGAUGAUAAGGAGAAAGAAGCUCCUGAAGGAAGUGAAGCAGCACAGGAUGUCCACAUGGAAGAAGCAGAAAAAUCUGUGAAGGAUACUACUGGUACAGUGACUGAGAAAGAUGUUGCAAAGGAAGGUCAAGAUGAGAAAGGGGGUGAAACCCAAACAAUUGAAACUCAAGCCACUGAUAAAGAUGCUGUAAAGGAGAGAGAGAAUGAAAACAAGAAUGAGACCCCAGCUACAGAUUGCAAAGCAGAAGAUACUGAAGAGCAGGAGAAGAAUGUUGAAGCUGAAGUGGUGGAUUCUAAAGAGUCCCAGGUUGGGAAGGUAUCUGAUGGCUCUGAAGAUGCCAAGGACAAAGAAAAACAACAGCAAAUACCACCCAUCGAAGCGGAGAAAGAGGAUGGGACUGGAGAAGGAGACAAGCAGGUAACUGGUGCUGAAGAAAAGAAGCAAGAAGUGGAAGCAGAAGAGAAAGUCGAGCAGAAUAGUGAAGCAAACAGGAGCGCUGAUGGGCAAAGUAGCUUGGUGAGCGAAAAGGCUGAGGGAGGUGUGAUACAGAAUGGCGAUCGUGCAGAGGUUGACAAGUCCAAGCCUUGAAUUUAUCAAACAUAAUGCUGUUUAUGUAAUAUCUUGUUCUGACCUUCAUAGGCUGGUGGCUUCUUUUGAAUGACAGUAGUGUUGUUGUUGAGUAAUAGAUACUCCGAUUGUUCAUGAGACAUCUGUAGUAUGUAAAAUCAUAGAUUAGCAGGUUAAUGUCGCUGCUGUCUUUCGUUGAACGUGUAGUGACUGAGAUCUUUGUAACAUUACUACCUUACAUUAUAGAGUAGGCCUUCAACAUUCCAACCUUCCUUGCAUUGAAGGAAUUGUAGGUUGCAUAGAUCUCUGUAACAUGUCGAUCAGAACUGUGUCUAUGUAAUGAUAUAAUAAGUCAUCUUCAGUUACUCGAGU